CACACUGAGGAAAAAGAGGUAAAUGACUUAGUGAUUAACCUCUCCUCCCAACCAUUGUCCUCAGAUGAACUUAAACUGUUAAAUAAGGGUCUAGGCUUUGUUCCCACGUAUAAAUGUGAUCCCUUUACAGUACAAAUUGAAAUGUUUAAAUUUUUACGUUCCAUUAAAUUGAAAAUGCUUUAUAUGGAUAAGAACACUGGGAUAUGGCCUAAAGGGAGAAAGGACAUAGUGUCCAGCAAACUUAAAACCCGCAGCACCUUCAACCCAAAUUUUUCCUGUGCUUCCAUAGACACGUUCUCUAACAUGAUUAACUCUGAUAUAGAAAAGGGUUUGCAUAAACAUGUUGUCCCAAAGGUAAAUAAUCUACACCUAAAAGAAAAAAAUGCAUUAAUUAACUUGCAAAAGGACAAAGGGUUAAUUAUUAAGAAAGCCGAUAAGGGGGGCAGCAUUGUCGUAAUGAAUAAGGAGGAUUAUUUGAAGGAAGCACAUAGACAGUUAAACAAUACUGAACAUUAUAAACCUCUUAAUAAUGAUCCAACGGAAAGGUUAAAAACUGAUAUUGACAUGUUUCUCGAAGAUGCAUGCCUAACAGGGGUAAUCUCUCCUGAAAUACAGGAACUCUUACGUAAGGACAACCCCAGGGUGCCAAUUUUUUACCUCUUACCCAAGGUGCAUAAAACCUUGAUAAAUCCCCCAGGAAGACCUAUCGUGUCAGGGGUUAAUUCAUUACUACAACCCCUGGCCAUUUAUAUAGAUACGUACUUACAGGAAAUCUUACCCAAAUUAGACACUUGUCUAAGUGACACCACACAAUUUUUAAAAACAAUUGAAGGGUUCACAGUAGGACCACAUUCUACUAUACUUUGCACUAUAGAUGUCAAAGACCUAUAUACCUCUAUCCCACAUGAUGAGGGUAUUGAAUGUACCAGGGAAUACUUGUCCCGUGAGAAUUUGCCCACACAUGAGAUAAAUUUUCUAUGUGAUUGCUUGGAGCUGGUGUUAAAACGUAAUUAUUUUCGGUUUGAUUCUGACUAUUUCCUUCAGGCCCAAGGUACCAGUAUGGGGGCCAACAUGGCUCCGGCCUACGCAAAUAUUUUUAUGCAUAGGAUUGAGCAUGAGCAUAUCUUACAUAACCCAAAAUUUAAGGAACAUAUUGCCUUAUGGAAAAGAUAUGUGGAUGAUAUGUUCCUGAUUUGGACAGGUUCCCCUGAGAUACUCACAGAAUUUUUCACAUAUCUUAAUACCAUCCAUGAUACCAUCAAAUUUACCACCUGUAUUGGUCCCAAUAGUGUUAAUUACCUAGAUGUACAGGUCACAAGUUCAGAUGGCUCGCUCACGACGGACCUGUAUAAAAAACCCACUGAUAGGAACAACAUGUUGAGAAAGGAUAGCUUCCACCCAAUAGGGACAAUUAAAGGGCUCCCAAAAAGCCAAUUCAUAAGGGCGAGAAGGAUAACAUCAUCUGAAACAUUAUAUAACAAACAAGGGGAGGAAUUGGUGUCUAGAUUUGUACAAAGGGGUUUCUCCAAAACAGAUUUGGAUAAAACUAUGGAUGAGGUAGGCAGAAUGAAAAGGGAAGACCUAAUGGUAAGAAAGACGCCCACACAGAAAAAACUAGGGAUACCUUGCGUCACUACAUAUGGUCCUCACUCGUCUUUCCUUAAAAGAACAAUCAAUAAACACUGGUCCAUAUUACAAAAUGACAAGACUUAUGGGAAAUUGUUUUUGAAUAACCCAUUGUUUUCAUACAAAAGGGGUAAAAGCAUAGGUGACCAGCUCACCAAAACUGAUAUUAAACGGCAUAAGUACAAAAAACCAGUAUCCGAAAGAGUGGGCACCUUUCCAUGUCUCAACUGUGGACACUGUAGUGGUGUAAUAAAAGGAGAUGUCUGUACCCAUCCCAGCAAAGGCUUCCCCAUAGGACUAAAAUGUUUCGCCACUUGCAAUACGGAAGGGGUUAUCUACUUAUUAAAAUGCCCAUGUGGACUGGGAUACGUGGGACAAACCUCAAGGUUGUGCAGAGUAAGGUUAAAUGAACACAAAAGUGUGAUUAGAAACUUUGUACCUGAAAUGGAAGGGUGUGACCCGGCGAUAAGUAAAAAGAAGGACAGAAUCAAAAAAGAAACUUUAUUAGCGAAGCACUUUUAUGUACAAAAACAUACAGUAUCGCAAUUAAGGUGGCAAAUCCUUGAAAAGAUUACAGCACCACAAGGGAACGAGAUGAAGCUGGCAUUGCUUAAAAGAGAAGCGUUCUGGAUAUGGAAAUUAGAAACCGUGCAACCUAAGGGUUUAAAUGAGAAUUUUAGUUUAUCUUGUUUUCUGUAAACACUUCACUGCUGUUACUUACACUGUGUUUCCUUUCCACAGAUAACCUGGGCCAGCGGGAAUUAUGAGAAAUAGAGAUUACGGUUAACACCCCGCUGGUUGUGAGUAGUAUUAGCCAUUUUUGGCUAUUAAUAAUUAUAAUUGCUGUGCUGAAGGGAUUACAUACAUGCAUUUCUGUAUAUAUGAUUGAACUUUUGAAUCUACACAAGGACAAUGAGUGUCAAGCCUCACUUUGAAAUACACUGAACCCUGGUGGACUAUGGGUAAAGGGGUGGGAUCACAUGUACCCCAAAUGCCUUAAAUAUGUUUGUAGCACUUAAGUUUGUAUCCUGACGAAGGGAGGGUUAAUCCCCCCCGAAACGUUGAUGCACAGGUGGUCACAAUAAAAAAUAGGGGACGCUCCCCACCUGCAACAUAUUUGGUGUCUGUGCGAUUCUCUUUCUACUUUCCACUGAAUGCAGAGUUCAAGACAUUUAAUCUCGAGACUUCCGAAAACACCAAUAUAAAGCACUAUCCAUUGAGGAUCCUCGACUUAAUAUGUGGACUCGUGGGUGUAAUAUCUAUUAGCUACCUAUCUACAUAUGUCUGGUCAAUGUUUAGCCAUAAGAAAAAAGAAGAAGACGAUGUGGAGAUGCAAAAUAACCCAGAUGUUUUAUUGGAAGCUCCUGUUGAAAAGCAGACUGUGAUCCUUAUACCUGGAGCAUGUGAUUUAACUAAUAUUGUGGCUACUGACGUAAACACGGAAGGAAUUGAGGAAAAUAAAGUGAAUCCUGUGGCCACUGAAGAGCCACAGGACAGAUAACUGAGCCAAAUGAGGAGCUUCAACAGAAACCAGAACAGGAAGCUGAGUUAAAGAAAAAAAAGAAAAGGAAAUUUUUUUUCUUGAAAGGCAACGAUACAUUACAAUAGCAACGAUACAUAACAAUACUACGGAAACAAAUAAAUAAGACAGGAACUCUACAUGAGUCUGUGAUCCAAAAGCCACUCUACCUGUGUCACAGCGUUUCCCAUUCAGUUGAAUGGGAAUUGGGGGUUGUCUUCAUUGUUUAACAACAACAAAGAUAACUGAGCCAAAUGAGGAGCUUCGACAGAAACCAGAACAGGAAGAUGAGUUAAAGAAAAAAAAGAAAAGAAAUUUUUUUUUCUUGAAAGGCAACGAUACAUCUUUAAACAAUACUAGGGAAACAAAUAAAUAAGCCAGGAACUCUACAUGAGUCUGUGAUCCAAAAGCCACUACCUGUUUCACAGCGUUUCCCAUUCAGUUGAAUGGGAAUUGGGGGUUAUCUUCAUUGUUUAACAACAACAAAGAUAACUGAGCCAAAUGAGGAGCUUCAACAGAAACCAGAACAGUAAGUUGAGUUAAAGAAAAAAAAGAAAAGGAAUUUUUUUUUCUUGAAAGGCAACGAUACAUCUUUAAACAAUACUAGGGAAACAAAUAAAUAA